AUGGAAACUGUUCUGAAACUCUUCGGCGAGUACUUCUUUAAAUUCUGUAAGAUGUCUGGCUAUGACAGGAUGUUACGGACACUGGGAGGGAACCUCACAGAGUUUAUUGAAAACCUCGACGCCUUGCACAGUUUCCUUGCUCUCUCUUACCAGGAGAUGAAUGCACCCUCGUUUCGUGUGGAGAGAGAUGCAGAUGGGAGGAUGCUUCUCCAUUAUUACUCUGAUAGAAGUGGUCUGUGCCACAUUGUACCAGGUAUCCUUGAGGCUGUGGCCAAAGAUUUCUUUGACAUUGAUGUGACUAUGGAUAUCCUUGACAUGAACAAGGAGGAGGAGAGGACAGGCAAAAAGGAGCAUGUCGUGUUUCUAGUGGUGGAGAAACCUCUCAAGCAGAUGAGAAAGGCAAAGCCACAGAGGUUACAGGAUGGGGAGGACCUCCAGCGAGACCAAGAGGCCCUGGACGCAGCUUUCCUGAGAAUGAAGGAGAAAUAUUUGAGUGUCUCUGUUUGUCCUGUGAAGAAACCCCACUGGGAAAUUGUGAGAAGUAUAGUCAUGUUUGGGAAAGGGCAUCUCAUGAACACCUUCACGCCGAUUUAUCCUGAGCAGCUCUGGAUUGAAGAGAAGACAUUCUGCAAUGCUUUUCCUUUCCAUAUUGUGUUUGAUGAAUCACUUAGGGUCAAGCAAGCUGGAGUGAAUAUUCAGAAGUAUGUUCCAGGACUCCAAACCCAGAAGAUUCGAUUAGAUGAGUAUUUCUCCAUCAUUCAUCCCCAAGUUACCUUCAAUAUUUUCAGCAUCUGCAAAUUUAUCAACAGUCAGUUUGUCCUGAAGGCACGAAGAGAAAUGAUGCCUGAGGUGUGGAGGAGUCAGCCCACACUCAAACUCCGAGGCCAGAUGAUCUGGAUGGAGUCCAUGCGGUGCAUGAUAUACAUGUGCUCCCCAAAGCUCCGCAGCCUGCAAGAGCUGGAGGAACGGAGGAUGCAUCUUUCUGAUAUCGCCCCCCAUGAUACCACGCGGGAUCUCAUCCUCUUAAACCAGCAGCGGUUGGCUGAGAUCGAGCUGUCCAACCAGCUCGAGCGGAAGAAGGAGGAGCUGCGUAUCCUCUCCAAGCACUUAGCCAUAGAAAAGAAGAAAACAGAGACCUUGCUUUAUGCCAUGCUGCCUGAACACGUGGCCAACCAGUUAAAGGAGGGCAAAAAGGUCGCUGCAGGAGAAUUUAAAACCUGCACAAUCCUUUUCAGUGACGUGGUGACAUUUACUAACAUCUGUGCUGCCUGCGAACCUAUCCAGAUAGUGGAUAUGCUAAAUUCUAUGUAUUCCAAGUUUGACAGAUUAACCAGUGUCCAUGAUGUCUACAAAGUGGAAACAAUAGGAGACGCUUAUAUGGUGGUAGGGGGCGUCCCAGUGCCCAUUGGAAGUCAUGCUCAAAGAGUGGCUAACUUUGCCUUGGGGAUGAGACUUUCUGCAAAAGAAGUGAUGAAUCCUGUUACUGGAGAACCCAUCCAGAUCAGAGUGGGGAUCCACACAGGACCAGUCUUAGCAGGUGUCGUGGGGGACAAGAUGCCAAGGUACUGCUUGUUUGGUGACACCGUGAACACAGCAUCUAGGAUGGAAAGUCAUGGCCUUCCUAACAAAGUGCACCUCAGCCCCACGGCCUACAGUGCCCUGGAAAAUCAAGGGUUUGAGAUCAUCGAGAGGGGUGAAAUCGAAGUGAAAGGUAAAGGAAAAAUGACCACGUACUUUCUGAUCCAGAACCUGAAAGCCUCAGAGGACGAGAUCAUGGGCAGGCCGCCGCUGGGUCACCAGGAGGCCGGUGCUCAGGGAAGCCAAGGUAGCAAAGUCGUUGCCAUCUUUAGGUACGCAGACAACCAGCAGCUGCGUCCCCCAAAGAAAGAGACAGCAGAAGCUCCUGAGGAGCCAACCCCCGAAGGAAGUGCAGUGGUAGGACAGGACUCCAUGGAGGCAGCAGAUGGACAAUCAUCUUCAGAUCAGACAAAGACGCAUCCCUUUCCUAGUGACUCUCUGCCUUCUGGUUUCUGUGCUUUGUUGUGACAAAGGAAGAAUGAAUCCCACAGCUUCAUUUUUCUCCUGCUCUGCUUUCAACGGCAAAGAAAAGCAAUGUUUUUUCAUUUCUCAGCUCCAAACUUCCUCAACUGCAUCCCUUCCAAUCAUUGUCCCUUUGAGAAUAAAAGUCUAGAA